AUUUAAUUUUUUUCAAGUAUUGCUGUGUAUGUGAUAUCAAUAAAACUAGUGAUGAUAUUAGUCGUGUGCACCAGUACUACAAUGUUUAAGAAAACGUUAACACUAUUCGCCGGAUUGAUACACUGUCUGCUCCCUUCCCUACAUACACUUCCCUCUAAUAGUAUUGUCAAUGAUGUGCAGACAAUACCAAAAGGCAAUUGUCAGGUGAACUGUACGGCCGACUACUUCGACGAGGGGAAGGACUGUCACGACUCGCGCGGUCAAUGCAAUUGCAUAGCGCACUGUUGCCUGGCGUUUGACUGCCGAAACUGGGGGAACCUCGUCCAGUGUCGGCGCAAAUGUAAUGUCGUGCCCAACAAAUUUGGCAAACAGUCCCACCAAAUGAAUUGCGAGCAAUACCUGUGCGACAAAGCCUAUUACGACCCGAGUUGGGACGCCCGGGGCACCGAUGAUCGGCAACGCAAUUGUGUGGAGCACUGUUGCUAUGCCUUUGACUGUCGCAAGGCGUCGGGAUAUUGUCGCCAGACGUGCGGUGUGGACGUGUGGGUCACCCAUAGGCCCGGAUAA